CGUAUACAACACUAUGCUGAUUUUUUUUUUAGCCUAUAUUAUUUUAUGGUCAACUCCAGCAUGUUCUAAAAUCGAUGAUGAUACCCCGCCUUCGUCUCCCAAAGCAAACAAAAAAGAGCAAAUUGACCACACUCACUACAUGGUCAGCGACAUAGGCAACCUAUAUCUAAGCGACAGUUUUUCAGAUGUCGUUUUGGUUGUAGAUGAAGCACGAUUGCCUGCACAUCGUGUUGUAUUAGCCUCACGCAGUGAAUAUUUUAGGGUAUCUUUUUAUGGAAAAUUUAAAAAACCCAAUGAUUUGGAGGUGACAAUAAGUGACGCACCAGUUACCUUAAUUAAAAUAAUUCUUAAAUACAUUUAUACUGGUCGAAUAAAUUUAAGUGCUCUUGAGGGUAGAGAGAUUUUCGAAUUACUUAAAAUUUCGGAUUUCUAUGGUAUAUCAAACUUAAAAAAUUCACUGCACGGAUAUUUGCAAAAAAGCAUUAAUAUAGGCAAUGUAUGUUCGUUCCUUGCUAUGACACGAUUUUUUCAAAACAGGGAUCUCGAAGACGAAACACUUAACUUUAUCGACAGCAAAUCUUUGAGUGUAUUGCGAAAGAUAGAAUAUUUGUCUUUUUCAUCCGAUGAACUUCAAGAAAUUCUCCAUCGUGACACGUUUUAUGCUAAAGAAUUAUUUAUAUUCCGUGCGGUUUGUCGCUGGAUUAAAACGAACCAAGACACCUUGGAUCGUGACACUAAAAUCAAAGUUUUAUCAGUCGUCAGAUAUCCGUUAAUGAGUUCUAAAGAAUUGUCAGACGCCAGGAAAUCAAAACUGGUUAGUUGGAAUAUAAUUUCAGACGCAAUAAAAUUUAGAAACACUUGGUCAACAGAUAAGCCUCGAAUAAGGGCACAGCUAAGACCCAAUGAGAAUCUGCUUUCUAAAUCUCAGGUUAUUCUCGUUACUUAUCACACUGACAACGAUACUUUUUUAAUAAGGUUGGAAAAACCAUCAACCAUAAACUAUAUUGAAUUUGCGCUAUGGUAUAAACAUAAUAUGGAUCAUUUGAAGGAUUUCUCUUAUUAUAUUGAAGUUUCAUUGGAACGGCACGAUUGGACACGUGUUGUAGAUCAUUCAAAUUAUAAUUGCCGAUCAAUUCAACGUUUGUUUAUUCAUCCUCGCAUAGUUCAGUAUAUACAAAUUGUUGGAACCAAACUUACUGCUAAUGCGACUUUUACAUCCAGGGAAGUCAAGUACAAUACAGAAGAUAUGCACAAGGUGGAAAUAAAAAAUGGAUUAAUCGUUCCAAAGUACCAGUAUAAUGUCACUUCGUAUUCUAUGAAUGCAUUUGUAACCCAAGGAGAAAGUGAAAAAGAUAGCCAGUCGUUGUUAAAAGUGUAUCAUAAUAAAACGAAUGAUGUGAAGAUUUAUACAUACCACCUGCUGGAAAAGGGUUGUAUAGUGGUUCAACUUGCACAACCAUAUAUACUUGGUUCAAUGAGGUUGCUGCUUUGGGACGGCGAUGACCGAGCCUACGGUUACACUGUUGAGGCUUCUGUCAAUAACCAGGAUUGGGAAAUACUUAUAAACAAGUCUAAGGAGCUGACACAAUCUUGGCAGGUGUUUCAAUUUAAACCCAGGCCGAUAAUCUACAUUCGUGUUACUGGCGUUUACAGUUCAGUAGGCAAUGAUUUUCGUAUUGUAUAUUUGGAGGCCCCCGCUCAAGUAACUUUAGAUUCCAACGAUGUUGAAGACGAUCGUGCGAUAACAAGUGACAGGAGACCAACUAAACGGUUAAAGCUCCAGUAA